CGAAGGCUCCCAAAAAUGGAGACAGCAACAACUCCUCGCGCCGGCCCGCUCAGACUCGCCGGUCUACUCUGCGCGGUCUCCAUCUUGCCUUUUCUCGCCGCGGUCAGGCAUCGCCCCGCGCGCGUCAGUUGGGCGCCCUGUGAAGCGCUUGGCUGGGCGUCCAGCUCUCUCGGCCUGAGCCGCUUCUGCACAAACUUGCCGGCUUCGAGCGUCCUGCAUGGUCACGACGGCGCUCUUGAGGCGUGGAGAUCUCCGGACAGGGCCAUAACGACGCGAGCGACAGAGACCGUCGUGCGGCGGGACAUACCGCUCAUCUGCCUGCUCGACUCUGGCGACCCAAACUGCCUGUCUGCCAACAUGGGCUCAAUGCUCGGGGCCGCGUCGCCCGGCUCGGAGCCGCCGCUGCUCUACCGCGUGUCUGGGCGCUGGUGGGCUCCGCUCCAGUCGGUGGUGUUGAGCGACGCAGCAGGGCGGGAUCUGCUGCUCAUGCGGCGUGUCCCCUGGGCGGCCGACGAGGGCUUCCUCGACGCAGCUGGCUCCGCCGGUGCCGGAAGCGUGGCCGAGGCGGCGUCCAUUGCGCUCGAGUCCGCCACGAUGGCGUACGUCUGGCAGCUCUACUCCUUCGAGCCACUGUGGCCUGCGCAUCGCGCGAGCACGAGCGACUGGUUCGGCGGCGGCCGGCGCCUGCACCCGUUUGGCAUGGUGCGCGAGCGGCUGAGCUUCCCCGGCUUCCCGCAGUACGAGAUGCAGGUCUCGAACGGCUCGGCGGCCAACGAGCGCGAGUGGCGGGAGUGGGGCGGGUGGCCGCUGCUCUACCGUGCCACCACCUCUGCCCAGCAGGUCCCACUCCUGCUCAAGCAGCUCGUGCUGAUCCGCGACGGCGCCACGCCAGACCCGUGGGGCCACCUGGACGCUGUGGCUCCCGCCCUUUGCUGGCGACGACGACGUGCUCGCGACAUACGAGGCGGAGUACUACCUCGGCGCAGAGGCGCUAGAAACAGGGGGGGGGGGGGGGGGGAAAAAGGGGAAAAAGAGGGAGAGGGAGGGAAAAAAAGGGAGAGGGAGAGGGAAAGGCAAAGGCAGAGGCCGAGGCAGAGGCAGAGGGAGGGAAAAAGGGAGGGAGGGAGGGGGAAAAAAAAAGGGGACGCAAACACACCCCGCCGCCGCCGCCGCCGCCGCCGUUUAGGGGCUGCUGGUCGACUCGAGCGCAAACGUGCACCGGCUGAGCCUGGGAAAGGGGACGUCGCCGCUCCUCCUCUACGCGUUCGCCACCGCGAUCGACAUGACCCAACGGCUGGAGGAGGCCCAACGGCGGCGGCGGGAGCGGGAGCGAGAGCGGCGAGAGCAGUACUCGCACGGCCAUGGGUACUCGUGAUGGCGGAUCUUUGAGUGGUGUGGCGGGAUUCGGAGGACGGGUGGGGAGAGGAUGCGGCGUGUCCGCCUGCGCGGUGCAAAAGAAAGAAAACGCUGAUGCGUUUGCCCGGCUGCGGCACACACCCUCGUUGUGUACGCUCUCUCUCUUGUGUACGUACUUUUAGCUUACCCCCUGGGAG